GACGAGGAGGAGUAAAGUAGCAGUAGCUGCACAGCUUUCUCUCUGCCUCUGAAGUACAAUAUUUUCUGUUGAGUCACAACUGAAGACAGAGAUGAAGUUUUUACUGUACUUGGUUGCUGCCUGGGAAAGGGAAAAGAUGCAUUGUGUUGGUGAAUUAAAGAAUUUCUGUUGAGGGGUACUCCUUGAAGCUGACAGGAUUUCUGCAUUUUUUGGCUUUUACUUUCAUUGGCUUCUACUGUUUUUUCUUUUUUUUCUUUCUUUUUUCUUUUUUUGCUUUUUGGAUUUUCAGAAGCUGUUUGCAUUUUUUUUUUCUCCUUUUUCAAAACAUGCCUUCAACUUUACGUGGUUUCUCAUCAUAGUGCUGCUGUGGAACGGGAUACUCUCGGUGCCUUCUUACAUUGCAUCCCCAGAUACCUGAGAUGGGACACCAGCAAUACGUUGAUAACCUCUGCAGCAAAAGUUCAUUACUUGGUGAACCUUCAUCAAGAUUAGGAAUCCUUCAAGACUUGUCUUUUCUAUGAGAACCAGCUGUUGUGUUCUGUUGCUUCUAUCCUAUAGAUUUCCUUUACAUUUUAACGUUUAAUUUUAUUUCGAAGCAGAAAGGUAAGUGAAUGACUGGAACAAAUGAAGUGGGUGGGUAUAAACUGCAAGUAGGCAGCAAACAAGCAGAACUGUUCUUUAGUUUGAGUGGGCUGUAUGCGUGUGUUUACUUUGGUAAUACAGCAGCUCCAUUGGAAGCUUACUGGAUUUAAACAUGUGCUUUGAAAAGACAGACCUCUCCUGGUAUGCUCAUUUGUGUGCUCUGUUUCUUAGUUUUCGUAUUCAGCCAUUAGACACUAAUUGUAGAUGUCUUAUUGCUGGUAUAAUUGAGGCUGUGUCUGUUUACUUCUCACACUUUUCUGUUGGGAGGGUUUGUAUCUCAGUUGGAAUUUGACAUCAAAAUCACUGUGUGAAGAGGAGUUAAAGAGAAGGGGAUUUGGGUGUAAUUUAAAUUUGAUCGCUUGAACAGCAAAUAGCUUGAGAGUAAUUAGAUUACUGGUUUGAUUCUUCCUUAAAUGUCACUUAAAAAAGGCUUGCUUUUAACCCGGAGUGUUUGUCAUUGGCUUGAUUUCCAGUGCAGAGAAGGUUGUGAGCUGAUGAGAUGAGAUGAGAUGAAAUGACUGGCAUGAAGGAGCAAUGAGGAUGCUAUGUACAAGCUGGUGAAUCAGAGCAGAUGGUGUGACUGUUUCAGAUAUCUUGUCAGUCUUCAUUCCUUUUAUACAGGCAGCUUUCUUUUGCUAAUGGAGAAAGCCCUUAGGGGAUAAACAUCAAGAAUUAAUACAGAAUGCUGAGGUCUUCUGUACUCAAGAUGAAAAGGAGAAAUCUUACAGAAGUAAAGCUUCAGCUUUUGCCCAGGAGGAUUUUAGAUGAAGAGCGCUGCUGUUCAGUAACACGAGCUGGAAAAUCCUAAUUGUUUUAUUAGCUGCCUGCAUUACCCCUUCCCAACCUCUCUGAAAGCUGCUGAACGCCUGCUCUAAAGAAGCGCAGGGCAGGUCUGAAGCAGAGAGCAGGAUCGUGUAGCACCAGUCUGUACUGCAGCUGUGCUAGCACUGCUCCGACAGCAGGAGUUGCAGCUCUUAAUUCAUCACCUUGGACUGCUACUUCGUGACAGAAUAAAAACUGGAUGUGAGUUGUGCAUUGGGAAGUGAUUGAUGUGUGCUUGUGCAGCUUGUAGCACUAUGAAAAACACAGGUGCAUCUCCUGAUGAUGUUUGCUAGAAGUAGAUUGAAAAAGCAAGAAAAUGAAAUUGCACUUCUGCAGAGAAAACCUGUUGUAAAAUUGUGGGCCAGGAAGCAAUUCCGGAAGCAAAGACUCCAGCUGUUUCUACGGGACAAAAUGAAGAGGCUUCUUCAAGGCCAAGCAGAUGAGAAUCCAAACCAUGCUCACCACUGCCAGCUCUCUCCAGUAGAGAUCGAAACGGACAUGUUUGUUUGUGGAAUGAAGAGGAGCUCUGCAAGCACUGAGUUUUCCACUGCUGGAGGCGACUUCCACCAGGAUGAACAACACGAUACCAAGGGCGUGAGUGAAGUGUGUGUUGGUGAGGUGGAACUGAACUGGGAUGGCUAUGUAAAAAUACCAUGCUCGGUUCAACAGAACAAGAAGGACUUGGAGGUAGAUUCUACUGGUGGUGUGAUGCAGACCUCUUCUGAAAGAAAGAGUAGAGUAUCUGAGGGGCAAGACCUUUCUUCUCUGAGCAUAACAAUGAGCUGGAGAGAGAUAGCUGAAAGGCAAGGGUGCUUUCCCCAGGAGAAGCCUGCUUCAUACAAGAGUCACAGACGACAAUCAAGAGAUCGCUCAGCAGAUGUGGUUGAUUAUAUCGUUAAAGAGCUUCAGGGAAUAAGUCGUAUCCAGACAGAGAUUGCAGAGCUCCGACAGCACCUCACUUUGAUAAAAGGCUCCGUCGAUGAAGUCUCCAGCUGUGUGGAUACUGUCUUGAGUGAGAUAGAAGGCCUGCAAGGUGGUUCCACUGCCAAAACUUCAGGUACACAUUCUCGGGAGCCAAACAAGGAGGUACACAAGGAAGAACCAGUGUUAUAUUUUUAUGGGAUUCCAGAAAAAGAUGGUGAAAACACAGUAGAGCUUAUCUGCAGCUUCUUAUCUGAGUAUCACUGUUUCAAUGGUAUCCAAUGCAGUAAGUAUAUAAAAGAUGCCUAUAGAUCAGAUAUUGGUAUAGGCAAGUCAUUAACACCAAGACCAGCAGUUGUGAAACUCGUCAGUUGUGAACAGAGAGACUUUAUUUUACAGAAGUCAAUUAUUCUGCAAAGCUCAGGGGUCCGAAUCACUACCAGUGAAGAGCAAAAGAGGCAAAGUGACCAGAGAGGCCACAAAGCAGAUUCAGUCUCUUUGCAGUCUGGCUUGAAGAAAAAUAAUUGCAAUUCAGCGAAUCUUGAUGCGUCGCAGAGAACUGAUGCAGCUGAGCGCCUUCGGACUGACUCAUGCCAGGUUAAGAAUAAAAGCACAAGUAGAAAAACACAGUGUGUAGGGGAGAGAUCUGAUUCUGUGCAGAAGUCAACUUUGAGUAAGAGAAGCAACUCGAUGUCUGAAGCUGGGAAGGAAGCACAAACAAUAGGCUGCAAUGAACAGCCUUCAUACGAGAGUGACUUUCAUAAGGCUCUUCAUGAAACUCCAGAAAGCUCUCCAGAAAUUACCAGUUUGGCCAAAUCAAGUGAUAGAAAUUACUGCUGCUCAUCUGAGUUUUUGGGCCGUGCAAAUCAGAUGUGUACUUCAAGCAGUGGAAGUGAACACAAGCAUGAUGCUGAGAGUGUCACUGAGAAUGGUUCUUCCCUUCUAGGUAAAGAUGAGAAGAUAACUGCAGAAAAAAUUGAAAUAGACUGUGAUACCCCAUGCAAAUUUACCAAUGUGGAGAAGGUUGACACUCAAAGAGAAGACGUUUCUAGUGGAGUGACAACCAUUAGCUACGAUCGUACGACAGAUGAACUGGCUGAUAGUAGUGACAGCUUGAAAGAUAUGAUCCAAAUGGACCUGAAUGAUCAAGAUCCAACCGAUCAGGUCUUUAGGGAUGUCCUGGAAAAUUCCCAAUAUUUUCUUGACCAUUCCCGGGAUAACAUUGAUCUUGUAGACAUGAAGUUUUACACUAAUAAGCUUGGGAAAGCCAUUAAUCACUUCAGGUCUGCUCUGCAAGUGGUGUUUCACAAACUGGAGACAAGCGAUUCUGAAAUGCUUUUGGAAAAUGAUAGUGGCUUACAGAUGGAUGAUGACAAUACACUUAUGCUGACCAGUUCAGGUAUGUGCGGCAGCUCUGACAACUUUGCAGAAACCCCUCCUAGCCAGUCCUCUGAGAGCCAAGCAAACACAACCGCCAACAGUGAAGCGUCUGCUCAAAUGCAGUUUGUUCCUUCCAGUCUUUCCUCUGUUCCAUACGAGCCUCCUGCUUCAUGUUUGAUGCCAUCAUCUGACUGUGAAAUUCCUGCUGGGCAGCGUUCACCUCCUGAUGAAAGUGGAGUAGAUGUGAGCUCUCUGCCUGAGCAAGCAAAAGAGUGCAGACCCAUGAGCCUUGAAAAGGUGUGCGCAGAGACCAUCUACCUGAACAAGUGCAUUAACAAUUUCAAAAAUGUACUGAGGGAAAAGAGACAAAUGCGUAGGAGACUCAUAAAAGAAUUAGCACAGGAAGGAAACUGGAUUUCUGCUGAGGAGACAAAUUCAGGUAAACAAACAAAAACAUGUUUUUAAGGAGAUGUCCAUACUGGUAUCUGUGUAGACAGUAACCAAAAUCUUGCUCUGCAGGUGAACAACCAUAGAAAUUAGGAGACAAUUAUGAAGGCAAGUGUGUGCACUAUACAGCAGUACUAACAACAAAAAAAAAACCAACAACCCCAAAGUACCAAAAAACCAAAAAACAAACAAAAAAGCCAACCCUAAAAUUCAUUGUACAACACAUUGGAAUGCAAAUCAGUAAGCUUCAAAUUUUUAAUUUUUUGUGAGAGAGUGGGGGAGGAAGGAAGAUUUGCAAUGCAUCU